AUGUUGUCUUCGCUUGCAAAGUUUCGAUCUCUGCUGCAGUUGAGUAAAGUUGCUUGUCCAGUAUCAUCAGUUACUCAAAAUGGCUCUGUACGCUGUAAAUGGACAGGAAAAGAAGAAAUUUCAGCAGAAGAUCCUGAAUUGAUGGCCCUUUUAGAGAAAGAGAAACACCGUCAAGUCCAUGGAUUGGAACUUAUUGCUUCAGAAAACUUUACAAGUAAAGGAGUGAUGGAGAUUCUUGGUUCUUGCCUAACGAACAAAUAUGCAGAAGGCUACCCAGGUGCCAGAUAUUAUGGAGGCAAUGUUUACAUUGACCAAAUUGAAAACCUGUGCCGGGAUAGAGCUUUGCAGUGUUACAGGCUGGAUCCUGAACGAUGGGGAGUCAAUGUCCAACCAUAUUCUGGCAGUCCAGCCAAUAUGGCUGCUUAUACUGCUGUGCUCAACCCACACGACCGCAUCAUGGGGCAAGACUUACCAGAUGGGGGACACUUGACUCAUGGCUUUAUGACUGACACUAAAAGAAUCUCAGCUACUUCCAUUUAUUUUGAAUCUAUGCCUUAUAAAAUAUCUCCACAAACAGGUCUUGUAGAUUAUGACAAACUUCACGAAACAGCCGUCCUAUUCAGACCACGUCUCAUCAUAGCUGGAACUUCAGCUUAUUCUCGAUUGUUAGAUUAUAAACGUUUUAGAGAAAUCUGUGAUGAUGUAAAUGCAUAUCUAAUGGCAGAUAUGGCUCAUAUCUCUGGAUUGGUAGCUGCAGAUGUCAUUCCUAGUCCAUUUGAUUAUGUUGAUCUAGUCACAACUACGACUCACAAAACUCUACGUGGACCAAGGUCAGGGAUGAUUUUUUUCCGGAAAGGUGUACGUUCUGUAAACAAGAAAACAGGCGAAGAAAUACAGUAUGACUUAGAGAAGAGAGUGAACAAUGCAGUGUUUCCAGGUCUACAAGGUGGGCCACAUCAGCACCAGAUUGGAGCAUUGGCAUUUGCUCUUAAACAGGCAAUGACACCUGAGUUUAAAGAAUACCAGGUGCAAGUGAUGAAGAAUGCCAAAGUUUUAGGUCAGACUCUUAUGGAUAAGGGAUACAAAUUAGUUUCAGAUGGCACAGAUAAUCAUUUGAUCUUAGUUGAUUUGAAAUCAAAAGGAAUUGAUGGAGCCCGUGCAGAAAGGGUCCUAGAAUUAUGCAAUAUUACAACAAAUAAGAACACUUGCCCUGGGGAUAAAAGUGCCAUGAUGCCUGGAGGGCUUAGACUGGGUGCCCCAGCACUUACCACACGAGGAAUGGUGGAAAAGGAUUUUGUUAGAGUGGGUGAAUUUUUAGAUCGUGGCAUUCAAAUUGGCCUGGAAGUCAAAAGUAAAACAAAGAAUCUGAAAACAUAUCGAGCCUUUUUGCUGGAAGACCAAGGAAUCCAAGAGAAAUUGAAAUCACUCACAGCAGAGGUUAUGGCCUUUUCGAGUCAAUUUAAUAUGCCAGGAAGGGACUUGUAA